CCCUGCCUGGAGCCGUCUUCGCUCGGAAGGAACAGCUUCCAUCUCGGACCGCCAUGUGGAGCAUUUGAGAGGAGCUGCGACCUCCCGAGAGGACCAGGCGUCCUUGGUCGUCUGGCUGGUCCGAACCCGGCCAGCCUGGCCUUUGCUGGCAGGAGCCAUGGCGGAGGGCACCGACUCUGCCCUGUCAGUGGCCGAGUGGCUACGGGCACUGCACUUGGAGCAGUACACGACGCUCUUCGAGCAGCAUGGAAUGGUGUGGGCCACGGAGUGCCAAGGACUCAGCGAUGCCCGCUUGGUGGAUAUGGGCAUGCUCCUCCCUGGCCACCGCCGCCGCAUCCUGGCUGGCUUGCUCCGUGCCCACACGCCUCCGACCCCUGUGCCUCGUGUCACCCCUCGGCCUGUGCCCAUGAAGCGCCACGUCUUCCGCUCACCACCUGCGCCCACCACUCCACCUGAGCCACUGCCCAUAACUGGAGAGGGCGACGGGCUUCCUGCUGCGCCACCCAUCCCGCCCCGCCGGAGCUGCCUUCCACCUACCUGCUUUGCCGCCCCAGCCACGGCUGCCCCGGACCCUGUGCUGCCCCCACUACCCAUCAAACGACAUUUGGUAGAGCUCAGGGUGCCACCCGUGCCCCCUCGCACUGGACCCCCACACCCGCUGGUUAGCGUCCCCUCCAAGGAGGAGUUCCCGCUGCCACCGCCGCCGUCCUGUCCCCAGCCAGAGCCUGAAGAGAUCCCUCCUAUCUGCCUGCCUGCCCUCCCCCGGGGGCUUCCACAGCCCCCAUCUCUCCCGCCCGGUCUCCCUGAAGUCCCCCCCAAGCCUCUCCGCCUGCCCCCUGAGUUCGACGACUCUGACUACGAUGAUGUCCCAGAGGAGGGGCCAGGGGCCCCAGCCAGCGUGAUGACCAAGGAGGAGCCGCCACCAAGCCGAGUCCCACGGGCCGUUCGUGUGGCCAGUCUCCUGAGCGAGGGGGAGGAGCAGUCUGGGGAUGAUGCCGAGGAUGAAGAUGACCAUGCCUACGAGAGUGUGCCCAAUGGCGAGUGGCCCACCAGUGGCCUGAGUGCACGCCUACCCAGUCUGGUCCCUGAGCUCCCGCUGUACCCCAUGGAUGAGUUGCCUGGGGGCUUGACCCCCAUCACACCUGUCCUUAAGGCUGGUUGGCUGGACAAGAACCCACCACAGGGGUCUUACAUCUAUCAGAAGCGAUGGGUGAGACUGGAUGCUGAUCACCUGCGAUACUUUGACAGUCACAAGGAUGCCUACUCCAAGCGCUUUAUCCCCGUAGCCUGCAUCUCCCGUGUGGCUGCCAUUGGGGACCAGAAGUUUGAAGUGAUCACAAACAGCCGGACCUUUGCCUUUCGGGCAGAGAGCGAUGUGGAGCGGAAGGAGUGGAUGCAGGCCCUGCAGCAGGCGGUGGCUGAGCAUCGAGCCCGGGCUCAGCUCUCUGGUCCUUAUGUGUUGGGAGUUCGAGGCCCAGAGCAGCCCGACCGCGCUGGCAGCCUGGAGCUGAGAGGCUUCAAGAAUAAGCUGUAUGUGGCUGUGGUCGGGGACAAAGUGCAGCUCUAUAAGAAUCUGGAGGAGUUCCACCUGGGCAUUGGCAUCACCUUCAUUGACAUGAGUGUGGGCAACGUGAAGGAAGUGGACCGGCGCGGCUUUGACCUCACCACGCCCUACCGCAUCUUCAGCUUCUCAGCCGACUCAGAGCUAGAGAAGGAGCAGUGGUUGGAGGCCAUGCAGGGAGCCGUUGCAGAGGCCCUGUCCACCACGGAGGUGGCCGAGCGCAUCUGGGCCGCGGGCCCCAACAGGUUUUGUGCUGACUGUGGCGCUGCCCAGCCAGACUGGGCCUCCAUCAACCUCUGUGUGGUCAUCUGCAAGUGCUGCGCAGGGGAGCAUCGCGGCCUGGGUGCAGGGAUCUCCAAGGUACGGAGCCUAAAGAUGGACAAGAAGGUGUGGACAGAAACACUCAUCCAGCUCUUCUUACAGCUGGGCAAUGGCGCUGGGAACCGCUUCUGGGCAGCCAACGUGCCCCCCAGUGAGGCCCUGCAGCCCAGCAGCAGCCCUGGGGCCCGGCGGCACCACCUGGAGGCCAAGUACAAGGAGGGCAAGUACCGCCGCUACCACCCGCUCUUUGGCAACCAGGAGGAGCUGGACAAGGCCCUGUGUGCUGCGGUCACCACCACGGACUUGGCCGAGACCCAGGCUCUCCUGGGCUGCGGGGCUGGGGUCAGCUGCUUCUCGGGGGACCCCUCGGCCCCCACCCCCCUGGCUCUUGCUGAGCAGGCUGGGCAGACCUUGCAGAUGGAAUUCCUGAGGAACAACCUGAGCACAGAGGUCCCUCGGCCGGACUCGAUGAAGCCCCUGGACAAGCACUACUCUGUGGUCCUGCCCACUGUGAGCCACAGCGGCUUCCUCUACAAGACCGCCUCCGCCGGCAAGUUGCUACAGGACCGCCGUGCCAGGGAAGAGUUCAGUCGGCGAUGGUGCGUCCUUAGCGAUGGGGUCCUGAGCUAUUAUGAGAAUGAGCGGGCAGUGACACCCAAUGGAGAGAUUCGGACCAGCGAGAUCGUGUGCCUGGCAGUGCCUCCUCCUGACACCCAUGGGUUUGAACACACCUUUGAGGUGUGCACAGAGGGAGAACGGCUGUACCUGUUUGGGCUGGAGAGUGCGGAGCUGGUUCACGAGUGGGUCAAGUGCAUUGCCAAGGCAUUCACGCCUCCCCUGGCCGAGGACCUGCUGGCCCGGGAUUUCGAGCGGCUUGGGCGCCUACCCUAUAAAGCGGGCCUAAGCCUCCAGCGUGCCCAGGAGGGCUGGUUCGCUCUGACUGGCUCCGAGCUUCAUGCUGUCUUCCCAGAGGGACCCUGUGAAGAGCCACUGCAACUCCGGAGACUGCAGGAGCUUUCUAUCCAGGGGGACAGUGAAAACCAGGUGCUGGUGCUGGUGGAGAGGAGGAGGACGCUGUACAUCCAAGGCGAGCGGCGGCUGGACUUCAUGGGUUGGCUGGGGGCCAUCCAGAAAGCAGCAGCCAGUUUGGGGGACACGCUGUCAGAGCAACAACUUGGGGACUCUGACAUCCCCGUGAUCGUGUAUCGCUGUGUGGACUACAUCACACAGUGCGGCCUCACGUCCGAGGGCAUCUACCGCAAAUGUGGGCAAACGUCCAAGACCCAGCGCCUGCUGGAGAGCCUGCGGCAGGAUGCGCGCUCCGUGCACCUCAAGGAGGGCGAGCAGCAUGUGGACGACGUCUCCUCUGCGCUCAAACGCUUCCUGCGGGACCUGCCCGACGGGCUCUUCACUCGGGCCCAGCGCCUGGCCUGGUUGGAGGCUUCUGAGAUUGAGGAUGAGGAGGAAAAGAUCUCCAGAUACCAAGAUCUCCUGGUGCGUCUGCCCCCUGUGAACCGGGCCACUGUGAAGGCCCUUAUCAGCCACCUGUACUGCGUUCAGUGCUUCUCAGACACAAACCAGAUGAACACACACAACCUGGCUAUUGUGUUUGGGCCCACGCUCUUCCAGACGGACGGGCAGGACUACAAGGCUGGCAGGGUGGUUGAAGACCUCAUCAGCCACUAUGUGGUGGUGUUCAGUGUGGACGAGGAGGAGCUGAGGAAGCAGCGGGAGGAGGUCACUGCCAUUGUGAAGAUGCGUGUGGCUGGCACUGCCAGUGGGACCCAGCAUGCUGGUGACUUCAUCUGCACCGUGUACCUCGAGGAGAAGAAGGUGGAAACGGAGCAGCAUGUGAAGAUCCCAGCGUCGAUGACAGCAGAGGAGCUGACCCUGGAGAUCUUGGACCGCCGCAAUGUGGGGGUCAGGGAGAAAGACUACUGGACUUGCUUUGAGGUCAACGAGAAAGAGGAGGCAGAGCGUCCCCUGCACUUUGCGGAGAAGGUGCUGCCCAUCCUGCACGGACUGGGCACCGACAGCUACCUGGUGGUGAAGAAGUACCAGUCCAUGGAGGCCAUGCUGCUGUACCUGGCCAGCCGUGUGGGCGACACCAAGCACGGCAUGAUGAAGUUCCGUGAGGACCGCAGCCUCCUGGGGCUGGGGCUGCCCUCAGGUGGUUUCCACGAUCGUUACUUCAUCCUGAACAGCAGCUGCCUGCGGCUCUACAAGGAGGUCCGGAGCCAGAGGCCGCGGAGUGGGGCCCUUGAGACCAGUCACCGGCCCGAGAAAGAGUGGCCCGUCAAGAGCCUUAAGAUCUACAUGGGUGUGAAGAAGAAACUCCGACCCCCUACCUGCUGGGGCUUAACCGUGGUGCAUGAGACCGAGAAACAAGAGAAGCAGCAAUGGUACCUCUGCUGUGACACGCAGAUGGAGCUCCGGGAGUGGUUCGCUACCUUCCUCUCUGUACAGCACGACGGGCUGGUUUGGCCCUCUGAGCCCUCGCGAGUGUCCAGGGCGGUGCCUGAGGUCCGGCUGGGCAGCGUGUCGCUGAUCCCCCUUCGCGGUAAUGAAAACGAAAUGCGGCGGAGUGUAGCGGCCUUCACUGCAGACCCCCUCUCUCUCCUCCGCCAUGUCUGAGCACAGGAGUCGGCCUAGCUCGGGGACACUGCCGCUGCCACCAGGAAGCCCUCCUGUCGAGACGCCCUUGUGCCCUGCGUACCCGGUGUGAGCCAGCAGGGAGCACACGAGGAAGCCAUGCCUGUCAUCCCGCGUCCUGACCGCAGCAUGAGUUCCCUGGCCCCGACCGGUGGAAGUGGGGUCUCCCCGGGAGGGGGCCGCUCCCCACUCUCCGGGAGCAUGUUUCCCUGGGGUGGCUGGCUGACCCGGUGUCGCUCACCCUGAGUUCAUGGGAUUGACGAUUGGAAAGGCCAGGAGCUCUAGUGGAGAGGCUGGAGGCCCUGGGGUCCCCCCACUGGGAGGAGCCUGCCUCUUUGCCCAACAGCACCGGGCCCCCCCUUCUCUGGAGGAGUGCUCAGCCUGGUGGGGAGGAGCUCAUGGAAGCUCCCGUGGGCUGAGUGCUGGACUUCGGCCCGUGUGUAGUCUGGGCUGGCUGGGAGGCCCAGGCUGUUUGCUGCCCCUUCCCCACUUUGGGGACCUUUUGAUAAUAUAAAUAUAUCUGUAUAUUUUA